AUGAGACGUAUUCAAAGGCAGGCAGCUAACCGUGGAGUAGAACUAUCAGGAACAAACUCACAAAAGGCACGUCCUUGCUUAUUGGGAGCUGGUGAUGGACCGGAAGUCAAAGGCACAAUCUCAUCGAGACCUAUGUUCCCCAAAUCACCGCCUGGUCCCACGGACACAACGAUGACCGACAUCGAAACGCUCAAGACUUUGACACCGGAACAACGUGAAGCCCUUGUGAACAUCAUUCGAAACAGCUCUCUGCAGGUCUGUUUCAGUGGACCAAUCUCUCAGCCACCUACAGCAAGCUCUAGCAAGUUAGCCAGACGUCUGGUAGCUAAAUGGGUUAUUCUUGUACUUCACGUUUUUGCUUCAGGUACGGCGAACACUGGGAAUACCAAUAUGGCGGAUUUAGCAUUUACGCAUUACGGGGUGAGUGUAAUCACAUGGCCAUUUUUUGCAAUUGUUCAAUCAAAUUAAAA